UCGGCGUUUUGUCAUGUGGUAACAUGUGGUAACAACAAGGUUUAGAGCGAAUUUUGAGUUUUUCGAGCACAUGUUUUGAUAGAUAUUUGUGUAGUUUAAUUAAAACAAUGACUAAAAAUUCUUUAAAAAGGAAAAGACAAACUGGCGAGGAGAAUGAGUUGCCAAAAGAAAAAAUAGAGCUGCCUCCUGCAAAACGAAUGUCGGAUGAGCCGACUCCGAAAAAGGUUUUAUAUACGAUGGGCGAAUUGAAAAUGACUGGAAACUGUUUGAAGGGAACGCGCCCUUUGCUCUCGUUUGAUGAAAAUUUCGGUACAAAGCCACACUACAGUCUCUUGAAGGAACUUUUGACCCAGAUAUUCGGAGUUCCCAAUCAUCAUCCGAAAAGCCAGCCAUUCUUCGAUCACGUCUACACGUUUAGCAUCCUCGAUAACAGGAUAUGGUUCAGAAAUUAUCAGAUUUUGACCGAGGACGGUGGAUUGGCUGAAAUAGGACCGCGCUUUGUUCUAAAUCCUGUCAAGAUCUUUGCCGGAAGUUUCGGAGGAGAGACGAUUUGGGACAAUCCAACUUACAUUUCACCCGCAAAGUUCCGACAAGCUUUCAAGAAACGAGCCGCGGGAAAAUACGAGAACCGAAUAGAUCAGAAGAUGGCACAAAAAGCUAACAAACCGGAAGUGAUCUGGGCUCUAAAUCCAACUCAGGAAAUUUUCAAGGGUGAUGUAUUGUCGAAAGCUGCUGAGCUUGAAGUCGAAGAUGCUACAGUAGAAGAAAAGAAAGUGACUCCAAAGGCAAAAAAGUUUAAGCAAAAAUUUAGCCUGAAAAAGUUGAGCGAGAGGAGUGUAAAUAAAAAGAAACUGGGCAAGACUUUAAAGAAAAAAAAGAAAGUUGUGAAGAAAGUCAAGAGUCAAGGUAAUUGACUAAACUGACUUGGAUACCAGUCUUUUUUUUAUUAAUAAAAAUCAAUUUACAGUAU